GAGUCAGAAUUGAAGAGAAGUUUCCUCAAAUAUUCUUUUUAUUUUGGUUGUAGACAAAGAAGAAUUUCAAUGCUAUAUAAACUUAAAUUUGAACCCAUUUAAAAGAAGCGCGCCAAGAAGAAGGUAUUCAAGGUCAACUCGGAAGCGAAUAGCAAUGUGCGAGUGAGGGAGAGGUGGGUUGGUUUGUUGGUUGGUGUAUUCCAUCUGUGAGAUGAUCUUUACUUAAAGAUACAGACGAGUUUUUGUUGUUGCUGUUGCUGUAGUUGACGUUGAACAACUUCAUCGGUUGGAAGCAUUGCCACAUCUUUGCUUGAUCGCAUCGUUGAUCUACAACACGCAGGGCAUACACUCGGGCGUAUACGUGAUGGCAACGCAUGGCGUCUGCAAAUAUGUGUAUUUUCUUAAUGCUCCCAAAACCCCUAACCUCCUUUCCGCCCUUUCUCUCUACAGCUACUCCAGCUCAUCCUCUGACGACUGCCUUAAUUGUGGCACGUAAGCUCAACUCAAAUGUAGGAAACGUGCCAUUUUCACACACGUCCUACAGAGGUUCCCCUACACUCACACUCACACUUGCACUCACAGCAGAUCCUCAUCUGAAUUUCUACAUCAUUUGUAAGCCAUUCACGUAGAUGCAUGUCCGUUUAAAGAGUGACAGAGAUAGCUAAAAGAUUGCAAACCCCAACACUGUGUAGCUGGUGACCAAGGCAGGUCCAAGAAAAUUAUAGAAAAUAUUCAGUAUUAUCCAUCGAUCGACAAGCAAUGCCAAUUCCAAACAGUUUUAACUCAUUUCAUUUCUAUUUUAAUAUCUUUUUUAGGCUCCAUGGCCUACCAGAUGGCCGCGCCACGUGUCGUUCUGUACCCGGUCUGACCAAAGAUCAGGUUGAGCUUUGCUAUAAGGCAAGUGAUGUGACUGCUGCCGCAUUAGAGGGUCUGGACAUGGCCAUACGUGAAUGUCAAAUACAGUUUCAAUGGCAUCGCUGGAACUGUUCAUCGUUGAGCACAAAAAGUCGCAAUCCGCAUGCUUCCAAUCUGCUGAAGAAAGGUUAUAGAGAGAGCGCCUUCGCCUUUGCCAUUUCGGCAGCUGGGGUGGCCCACAGUGUGGCCCGCGCCUGCAGUCAAGGUCGUUUGAUGUCUUGCGGCUGUGAUCCGACUAUCAAUCGCAAAACUUUGAAUAAGAAUCUGCGUCAAUCGUUGGACAAGGAGAAGAAACUCUUCUUGCAAUAUCUCGAAACAAAUCAGAUUCUAACCCCAGAAGAGGAAAAGAAGUACGAACGUUCAAAAAUCGCCAGUCGCUGGAAAUGGGGCGGUUGUUCGCAUAAUAUGGAUUUCGGCGUGGAGUAUUCAAAAUUGUUUCUAGAUUGUCGAGAGAAGGCUGGCGAUAUACAAUCGAAAAUCAAUCUACACAAUAAUCAUGCCGGUAGAAUGGCCGUUUCAAAUAACAUGGAGUUCCGUUGCAAAUGCCAUGGAAUGUCCGGCAGUUGCCAGUUGAAAACCUGCUGGAAAUCUGCUCCAGAUUUUCAUGUAGUGGGCAAAGUAAUCAAACAUCAAUUUCGCAAGGCCAUAUUGGUGGAUCAAUCCAAUCUGGGCAAUGGAGAACCAGUUGUGGUCCUCAAACGCACACGAAAUAAGAAAUCCAAUGGCGAUGGCGGAGAUGUUGUUGAUGCAUCUGGCAGUAUCCUUGAAUUGGGCGGUGGUCAUCAUGACACGCAUCGACGACACGAGGAAUUGGGUGUAGAACGCGAUGGCACUGGCGGAGGCAGAAACGGUGAUGGCGGUGGCCUUGGCGGAGGUUCACGUCAAUCGAACAGUGAUAAGAAUGCCGCACGUAUGGCCCGUAAACUGGAGACAUCAUUAUUCUACUAUCAGCGUUCGCCAAACUUUUGUGAACGCGAUUUAGGCGCUGAUAUACAGGGCACUGUGGGUCGCAAAUGCAAUCGUAAUACCACAACCAGUGAUGGUUGCGCCUCCCUCUGCUGUGGGCGUGGUCAUAAUCAAAUCAAAGAACGACGAGCGGAACGUUGUCGUUGUAAAUUUCAAUGGUGCUGUAAUGUCGAGUGCGAGGAAUGCCACGUCGAGGAAUGGAUUAGCGUGUGCAAUUGAAGGAUACCUCUCAUCGAUUCCAAUGCCACAAACAAGAAGAAGCAAAACAAACAAAAAAAAAAACAGAGUAUAAACGAAAGACUUUUCUUCCACAUAAAAAUAAUUUCCAUUAAAAGAAAAUAAAUGUCAAAAAGA